UUAGCUGGCACUUUUUCUUACUUUUCUCAUGCCAGCAUCACCGCAAUUUCUUUAUUUUUUCGUCAAUGACGGACUCUUUUGACAAAGACAAAGAAAAAUGUACUUACGUUUUAUAUAAAGAUCGGGAAGAUUGGAAAGAUGUGAAACCCAUUCCUCAAGAUGAUGGACCAAAUCCUGUAGUUGUAAUUGCUUACAGUAAAAAGUUUGUGGAUGCUCACGAUUAUUUCAGAGCCAUCUUGAAAUCGGGGGAAAUAAGCGAACGAUGUCUUGAGCUUACUAAAAAUGUUAUUCUUUUGAAUCCAGCCAAUUAUACGGCGUGGCGAUACCGUCGUUAUUUACUGUUUCAUCUAAAAAUGGAACUUUCGGAGGAAUUUGCCUUUACUGAGGAAAUUGCUCUCAGUUUUCCCAAAAACUAUCAAGUUUGGCAUCACCGACACGCGCUAGUUGAAUUUACUAACGAUGCUUCUCGAGAAUUGGCAUUCACCGCUCUUUUAUUGGACUGCGAUGGGAAAAAUUAUCACGCUUGGACUCAUCGCCAAUGGGUUAUUAAGAAAUUCCAACUCUUUCACGACGAACUGAACUAUUCAAGUGAUAUGAUUGGAGAAGACGUUUACAACAAUUCCGCUUGGAACCAACGAAACUUCGUUAUAGUAAAUACAACAGGAAUCCUAAUAUUUAUACUUAUGUAUAUAUUUUUGUCAAAAAAAGGAUAUACUUCUGAAGUGCUUACAGAAGAAAUAAAGUACACACUCUCUAAAAUAAUUAUUGCUCCGGCCAAUGAAAGCCCUUGGAAUUAUCUCAGAGGAGCAUUAAUGCGAGGAAAACUCUACCAUUCUUUUCCUAUAAUAUUCGAAACGCUUAACGACUUGUAUAAUAGUUUAACGACACCUUCAGCUUAUCUACUGGAGUUUCUCGCCGAAUUCUACCAACAAAAAAUGGACCCAAAAUGUUUAAGUUUUUAUGAGAAGUUAAUAAAAUUUGAUCAAAUAAGAGAAAAAUAUUGGAACUACAGACACGAUAAAGCAUUGAAUAUACUAAACGGUGCUUAG